AUGUUCCAUCCUCCACCUUCCAUCCUCCACCUUCCACCCCCCACCCUCCACCUUCCACCCUCCACCUUCCAUCCUCCACCCUCCACCUUCCACCCUCCACCUUCCCACCCUCCACCUUCCAUCCUCCACCUUCCAUCCUCCACCCCCCACCCUCCACCUUCCACCCUCCACCUUCCAUCCUCCACCCUCCACCUUCCACCCUCCACCUUCCACCCUCCACCUUCCAUCCUCCACCUUCCAUCCUCCACCUUCCAUCCUCCACCCUCCACCUUCCACCUUCCACCCUCCACCUUCCACCUUCCAUCCUCCACCUUCCAUCCUCCACCCUCCACCUUCCACCUUCCAUCCUCCACCUUCCAUCCUCCACCUUCCACCCUCCACCUUCCAUCCUCCACCUUCCACCCUCCACCUUCCAUCCUCCACCUUCCAUCCUCCACCCUCCACCUUCCACCUUCCACCCUCCACCUUCCACCUUCCAUCCUCCACCUUCCAUCCCUCCACCUUCCCCUCCCUCCACCUUCCAUCCUCCACCCUCCAUCCUCCACCUUCCACCCUCCACCUUCCAUCCUCCACCUUCCAUCCUCCACCUUCCAUCCUCCACCUUCCAUCCUCCACCCUCCACCUUCCACCUUCCACCCUCCACCUUCCACCUUCCAUCCUCCACCUUCCAUCCUCCACCCUCCACCUUCCACCUUCCACCUUCCAUCCUCCCACCUUCCAUCCUCCACCUUCCAUCCUCCACCUUCCAUCCUCCACCUUCCACCUUCCACCCUCCACCUUCCAUCCUCCACCUUCCAUCCUCCACCCUCCACCUUCCACCUUCCAUCCUCCACCUUCCAUCCUCCACCUUCCACCUUCCAUCCUCCACCUUCCAUCCUCCACCCUCCAUCCUCCACCUUCCACCCUCCACCUUCCAUCCUCCACCUUCCAUCCUCCACCUUCCAUCCUCCACCUUCCAUCCUCCACCCUCCACCUUCCACCUUCCACCCUCCACCUUCCACCUUCCAUCCUCCACCUUCCAUCCUCCACCUUCCACCUUCCAUCCUCCACCCUCCAUCCUCCACCUUCCACCCUCCACCUUCCAUCCUCCACCUUCCAUCCUCCACCUUCCAUCCUCCACCUUCCAUCCUCCACCCUCCACCUUCCACCUUCCACCCUCCACCCUCCACCUUCCAUCCUCCACCCUCCACCUUCCACCUUCCACCUUCCACCUUCCAUCCUCCACCCUCCACCUUCCACCUUCCACCUUCCAUCCUCCACCUUCCAUCCUCCAUCCUCCACCUUCCACCCUCCACCUUCCAUCCUCCACCCCCCCGACACACGACACGCUUUUAA